AUGAAGCUGACCCCCGUGGCCCUGGCAUGCCUGCUGCUGGCCGCAGUAUGGCUCCAAGAAGUGGACGGCAGGAGCAUGCACGUGUCCUCCUCCAACUGCUGCUUUUCCUUCGUGGAGAGAAAGAUUCCCCUGAAGAUGAUCCACUGCUACAGAAAAACCAGCUCCACCUGCCCCUAUGGCGCCUUCAUAUUCAAGCUGAAAGGAGGCAGAGAAAGCUGUGCCUUGAACACGGAGGGUUGGGUCCAGGGUUACCUCAAAAAGAUUAAGCCCUGCCUGCCCAAGGGGAAGUGA